AUGAUGUACCUGCUCAGAUUCGGCUAUGAAGGAACCGACGGGCUCGUUUCUCCUUCUGGUCUGGAGAUAAGUGCUGCAGUCAUGACUGUCGGUCUCCUGCUGCUGAUGAUGAUCCUGCUGAAUUUCACAAAUGAUGUUUGGACGCUACCGGCUCCCAGCAGCGUUUUCAUGGAGUCUGUCGACAUGAGACACAUGCUGAGGUGGCCCCCCCUGCAGGCUUCAUGCAACACUACACUUCUGUACUCUGUCCAGUAUCAGGGAGAGUUUGAGCUGGAGCAUCAGAACGGCAGGUGGAUGGAGGCUCCAGGGUGCCAGCGCAUCACGCUCAGUCACUGUGACCUGACCUCUGACCUGGGAUCAGACUCUGACUACAACAUCCGGGUCAGAGCGCAUUGCGGCUCGCAGCGCUCCGCCUGGACCAAACUCAGCCCUGCCUUCAAUAGGAGACAAACCAAACUGUCGGUACCAAAGAUGACAGUGAUGUCAGCAGGCGACGCCAUCCAGGUGUCGUUUGAGACUCUUCCUCUGACGUCAACCGUCGACGUGACCGUUUGGAAAAAAGGCGAAAAGCUGCAGGCUGUCGUGUACUCGAUGCCUGCUGAGGAAGAGGUGCUGCACAUCGCCGCCCUGCAGGAGGGAGCAGUGUACUGCGUCACAGCGCAGACUGUGCUGAACUCAGGGUUUCGCAGCAACAGCACUGACACCCAGUGUGUGUCCAUCAUAGAUCCAGAUGCUCCCGCCUGGAAGACGCCGACCACCCUGACGGUGACGGUCAUCAUCACGGCGGGACUCCUGUUUGUUUUAUUCUGGUCCAUCGUUCACUGUCGUCCAGAAACCUGUAAAACACAUUUCCACAAAGAGCCUCUGCCACAGUCUCUGAGAGGUAAUUGGGACAUUCAAAUCCCAAUGAGCCCUCAGGAGAAGGAGCUUUGUGACCAGAUGGUGAUGGAGCCGAAUCGAACCUCAUCACAGACUGAUGCUGCACUGAUAACCCAUCAGGAAGACUAAACCAAGCUGAAACUCACUGAGAAUCUACAGCAGGACAAUAAGGAAGUAACGUGAUGCUACACUCCUGCAAUAUAUCUGUUGGAGGGUCACACGGAACAGCACGCAACAUUUGAAUGGUCCAUUUAUGAGUUUCUGAUCAGAGUUGGAGGUGGAAGAAGAAGCCCCUGUGAGCCCUGAUUUAUCGACAAAGCUGACAAGUGUUUACAUUCCCUGUUGACUUCUCUUCAGAAGAAAAAACUGGGUAUUUGUGUGACUUUUAAAGCGCUACGAAGCCCACAGAAGGAGGACAGGAUUUAUUCAAGAUUCAAGCAGAUCCACAGUGGUAGUAAACAAAGAUGUAGGAAAAAAAAACUUUGGAAAUGAAGAGACAUUUUAAGUAUUACUGUGUAACUGCUGAUUGUGAAACUGUUAAGCAAAUGAACCAUCACACUUUGAUCGUGAAAUGAAGCAGUAAUGAAUGAAGCAGGGAUACAGGCUUAUUUUCACCCAGUACAUUUAAGUUUAUUACUCAAGAAAAUAUAUUUACCAAGAUUAACGAUUACAUUCUGUUUGAAUCGAACCAGUAUGAGCUUCUUACAAAGUCAUCAGACCAGCAGACCAACCAGAGAGGAUUCACUGCGUGUGUCAGUCUAUAAAAUUCAGUUCAAAAGUUGUGAGCAACAUGCUGCCUACAAAUUAAACAAACCAUCAGACCUGCAGUAGGAGCUCGGACUGACUUCAUCAGCUUCUUAAUAUUUUGGUACUAAGAGUUGUUAAUGCUCAUUUUAGAGCAAGCUUUGCAAAUCUGUAUUUAAAACACUCUGAUGCCAGACUCUGUUCUUAUCUUACAGUGCUACCUCUUUAGUUCUUUUAGUGUGAAACUACAUGUGUUGAUUUCUAGCUGGUGCUUCACGUUAAUGUCGCCUUUGUUAACGUGUAUAAUUAAACUGCAGCGAUGUGUACGAGAUGCUGUCACAUCACUGUUGAAAAUGUGCUGUUAGGAUGAAGUUAUAAUUAAAGCACAUGCAGUGUGUCAUAUUGUUUUUGAAAUAAGCUUGCUGUGAUGGAGCAGAUAUU